CAGCCCUGGGACCCCCUGGCCCUGGCCUGGGGGGUGGCGCUGGCGCGGGGGGCACUGCUGAGCCUGAGCGCCCAGGCUGCCCGCGGCAGGGGGCAGGGGAUGCCCGGGGGGCUGCGGGAGGCGCUGCUGCCCCUGGCCGCCCUGCUCAGCCUGCUGCUGCCCGGCUACGUGACCCUGCAGGCGCUGGCCCAGCCCCGGGCGCCCCCCUCGGAGCUGCUGCACGGCUGGGGGCGAGGGGACGUCUUCGGCCUGACCUACGGCGCGGCGGGGCUGGCGGCCGCGCUCUGGCACCAGCUGUUCCCCGCCGGCAGGGGGGAGCCGGGGCCCUCGGCCUCGCUGGGCCGGCUGCUGGCCUGCGUGAGGCCCGACCUGCUGCGCUUCGUGGCCAUCGCGGGGUUCCUGGUGCUCUCCUCGCUCGGGGAGAUGGCGAUCCCCUACUACACGGGGCGCAUGACCGACUGGAUCGUGAGCGAGGACGACCCCUCGGCCUUCGGCCGGGCCAUCUGGGCCAUGUCCCUCAUCACCGUCGGCAGCGCAGUGACAGAGUUCGUGUCCGACUGUCUCUAUAACGGCACCAUGAACCGGAUCCACAUGCGAAUCCAGAGCCGGGUCUUCAGCUCCGUCCUGCGCCAGGAGAUUGGCUUCUUCCACACCAACCGCACCGGGGACGUCACGUCGCGGGUGACGGCCGACACGGACGCCAUGAGCGAGGCGCUGAGCGAGAAGCUGAACCUGCUGAUGUGGUACGGGAUGCGGGGAGUCUUCCUCUUCGGCCUCAUGCUGCAGGUGUCGCUGCGCCUGGCGCUCCUCACCGCCGUGGGGCUGCCCCUCGUCCUGCUGGUGCCCAAGCUCUCCGGGAAAUUCCACCAGAGCCUGGCGCAGCGGGUGCAGGAGUCCCUGGCCAAGGCCAACGAGGUGGCGGUGGAGACCUUCCAGGCCAUGGCCACGGUGCGCAGCUUCGCCAACGAGGAGGGGGCCGCCCGGCGCUACGGGCAGCGGCUGCAGGAGACUUACCGGCUCAACCAGCAGGAGGCAGCCGCCUACGCCGCCUCCAUGUGGACCAACAGCCUGUCGGGGCUGGCGCUGAAGGUGGGGAUCCUGUACUACGGGGGGCGGCUGGUCACCGCCGGGGCCGUCAGCACCGGAGACCUGGUCACCUUCGUCCUCUACGAGAUGCAGUUCACCACGGCCGUGGAGGUGCUGCUCUCCGUCUACCCCAGCGUGCAGAAGGCCGUGGGCUCCUCAGAGAAGAUCUUUGAGUACAUGGAGCGGACGCCCCGGAUCAGCCCCCCCGGGACGCUGGCCCCCCCCAGCCUGCGUGGGCACCUCCAGGUGCAGGACGUCUGGUUCUCCUACCCUGGCCGGGACGACACCCCCGUGCUCAAGGGGGUGUCUCUGGAGCUGCGCCCCGGGGAGGUGACGGCUCUGGUGGGCCCGUCGGGCGUGGGGAAGACGGUGCUGGUGGCCCUGCUGGAGCGUUUCUACGAGCCCCAGCGCGGGCGCCUGCUGCUGGACGGGCGGGACCUGCGGGAGUACGAGCACCAUUACCUGCACAGCAAGGUGGCGCUGGUGAGCCAGAAGCCGGUGCUGUUCGCCCGCUCGCUGCACGAGAACAUCGCCUACGGGCUGGGGGGGCGCAGCCGCCAGGAGGUGACGUGGGCUGCCCAGCGCGCCAACGCCCACGGCUUCAUCGCCCAGCUCAGCCACGGCUACGACACAGAUGUUGGGGAGAUGGGGGGGCAGAUCUCGGGGGGGCAGAGGCAGGGGGUGGCCAUCGCCCGAGCCCUGCUCCGAGACCCCAGAGUGCUGAUCCUGGAUGACGCCACCAGUGCCCUGGAUACGGAGAGUCAGCUACAGGUGGAGAAGGAGAUUUACGAGGGGGCCCGGGCCGGGCGCUCGGUGCUGCUCAUUGCCCAUCGCCUGAGCACCGUGGAGCGAGCCGACCGCAUCCUGGUGCUGGAGGACGGGGAGAUCCGGGAGCAGGGCACCCACCGGGAGCUGCUAGCGCGCCGGGGCAGCUACUGGCGCCUGGCGCAGAAACAGCUCAACGGGGACCAGGGGGGCGGCUCUGAGGAUGGGCUGGGGCCGGCCCAGUUCCUGCAGACGUACUUGGAGGCGGGCCGGGACCGGGUGCGGAUCCAGCUGGCCCACGGCACCACCACCCUGGCCUUCAAAUUCCAGCACGGGGUCGUCGUGGCUGUUGACUCCCGGGCAUCGGCCGGCAGCUACAUCGCCUCCCUGGAGGCCAACAAGGUGAUCGAGAUCAACCCCUACCUGCUGGGCACCAUGUCGGGCAGCGCGGCCGACUGCCAGUACUGGGAGCGGCUCCUCGCCAAGCACUGCAGGCUGUACCAGCUGCGGAACAAGGAGCGGAUCAGCGUCUCGGCCGCCUCCAAGCUGCUGUCGAACAUGCUGUGCGAGUACCGGGGCAUGGGGCUGUCCAUGGGCAGCAUGAUCUGCGGCUGGGACAAGAAGGGCCCCGGCCUGUACUACGUGGACGAUAAUGGCACCCGUCUCUCCGGCCCCAUGUUCUCCACGGGCUGCGGGAACAGCUACGCCUACGGGGUGAUGGACAGCGGGUACCGGCCCGACCUCAGCGUGGAGGAGGCCUACGACCUGGGGCGCCGCGCCAUCGCCCAGGCCACCCACCGCGAUGCCUACUCCGGGGGCGUCGUCAACAUGUAUCACAUGAAGGAGGACGGAUGGAUCAAGGUGGAAAAGACCGACGUCAGCCAAUUGAUCCACGAGUACCUGGCGGCCAGGAAGGACCGGGCCCCUGGUGGGGGCUGCACGGGACAGCCGGAGCUCAUGGGGGGCGGGGGCGGUCCCGGCCCCUGCGCCGGAGGACGCUGCUGGAGCCAGGACACGUGCAGGGGCCGGAUGGAGCCGGGAGCUGGAGCCGAGCGCGGCCGGAGCAGCCCGGGCUCCCCCUGGCGGCCGCAGCCGGCAGCAGCAGCGGGCGGGGCCCGGCCCGGGAAUCCCCCGAAAGCGAAACUGGCUCGCGGGGUCCGGGCGCUGCCGCCGCGGGAGAAGGAGCCGGAGCUGCAGGUACCGGGCCCCGGGGGAGCAGCGGGCGCACUGGCCUCCACCAUGCCGCUGCCCCUUACCCUGCGUCUGGGCUGCCCCCUGCUGCUCUGCGACCUGGCCCUGCUGGCCCUGCUGGGCGGGGGCGCCCCCUCGCUGCCCCUCCUGGGGCUGCCGGCCCCCUGGCUGGAGGCUGCUGUGCGUUUCCUGGGGCUCUGGGGGGCCUGGGGGCUGCUGGCCGUGGAUCGGCCCCGCCUGUCCCCCCCCAGGGCCCUGGCUGCCCUGUGCCUGCUGCCCCCCCUGUACCUCACCCUGCGGCGCUGCCUGCCCCUGCCCGACGUGCCCCCCGCCCUGCUGGCCGGCGCCCCCUGGGCCUGGCUGCUGCUGAGCUAUGGGGCCGUGGGGCUGGCCCAGCUCACCUGGGGGGCCCUGGGGCAGGGGGACAGGGCUGGGGGUCCCGGCGCUGAGGACACAGAGCGGGAGUCCAGGGCCACCCUGCGCCGGCUGGUGGGACUGUCCCGGCCCGACGUGCCCUUCCUGUCCGGGGCCUUCGUCUUCCUCGCCCUGGCUGUGAUCGGCGAGACCUUCAUCCCCUACUACACGGGGCGCGUCAUCGACAUCCUGGGCAGCGCCUAUGACCCAGAUACCUUCGCCACCGCUAUCGGCCUCAUGUGCCUGGCCUCCUUCGGCAGUUCCCUGGCCGCCGGCUGCCGCGGGGGGCUCUUCAUGUUCACAUUCUCCCGGCUCAACAUCCGCACCCGGUGCCAGCUCUUCUCCUCCCUGGUGCGCCAGGACCUGGCCUUCUUCCAGCAGGUCAAAACAGGGGAGCUGACCUCGCGCCUCUCCACGGAUGCGGCCAUGAUGAGCCGCUCGGUGCCGGCCAACGCCAACAUCUUCCUGCGCAGCCUGGUGAAGGCGCUGGGGCUGUACGGCUUCAUGCUGGGGCUGUCCUGGCGCCUGACGCUGCUCACGCUGCUCGAGACCCCCCUCACCAUGGCCGCCCAGAGCCUCUACGACACCCGACGCCAGAGCAGUGACCCUGGGAAGGAUUUAGGGGUGAUCGUGGACAAGCAGCUGGCCGUGAGCUCCCUGUGUGAUGCUGUAGCUAAGAGGGUGAAGGCGACCCUGGGCUGUAUGAAGCUGCCUUGUCAUGAGAGGCUGGCGGAGCUCAGUCUGCGUCGUUUAUCCCAGUUGUCUCUGACCCACGCCCCCCCCCCCCAGGCCGUGCUGAAGGCGAUCCAGGACUCCAUGGCGCGCUCCGGCGAGGUCGUGCGCGAGUCGGUCUCCUCCAUCGAGACCGUGCGCAGCUUCGCCACCGAGGAGGAGGAGUCGCGGCGCUACGAGGCGGCGCUGGCCGAGACCCACCGGCUGAAGAACCGCCGCGACCUGGAGAGGGCGCUCUACCUGCUCUUCCGCCGGCUGCUGCAGCUGGCCGUGCAGGCGCUGAUGCUGCACUGCGGGCACCAGCAGAUCCACGCCGGGCUCCUGACCAAGGGCAGCCUGGUCUCCUUCAUCCUCUACCAGGGGGACGUGGGCAGCUAUGUGAAGACCCUGGUGUACAUGUACGGGGACCUGCUGAGCAACGUGGGGGCGGCGGAGAAGGUGUUUGAGUACCUGGACCGGGAGCCGGCCGUGCGCACCGACGGGACACGGGCGCCGGAGUCGCUGCAGGGACACGUCUCCUUCCGCAACGUCUCCUUCUCCUACCCCUCCCGCCCGGACCGCCAGGUCCUACAGGCCGUGUCCUUCGAGCUGCGCCCCGGGGAGGUGACGGCGCUGGUGGGGCUGAACGGCAGCGGGAAGAGCACGUGUGUGGGGCUGCUGGAGCGGUUCUACGAGCCCCAGGCCGGGGAGAUCCUGCUGGACGGGGCCCCGCUCCGGGAGUACGAGCACCGGUACCUGCACCGCCAGGUGGCCCUGGUGGGGCAGGAGCCCGUCCUCUUCUCCGGCUCCAUCCGGGAGAACAUCGCCUACGGGCUGGGGGGCUGCGGGGAGGAGCAGGUCACCAGGGCGGCCAGAGCGGCCCACGCCUCUGGCUUCAUCGCGGAGCUGGACAGCGGCUUUGAGACAGACGUGGGGGAGAAGGGCGGGCAGCUCUCGGCAGGGCAGAAGCAGCGGAUCGCCAUCGCCCGGGCGCUGAUCCGCCAGCCGGCCGUGCUGAUCCUGGACGAGGCCACCAGCGCGCUGGACGCGGAGAGUGAAUGCGCGAUCCGCCAGUCGGUGCUGAGCCGGGGGCCCCGGACGGUGCUGGUGAUCGCCCACCGCAUGCAGACGGUGGAGAACGCCGACCAGAUCGUGGUGCUGGAGGGCGGGGCCGUGGCCGAGGAGGGGACGCACGCCGAGCUGAUGGGGCGCAAGGGGCCCUACUACAGACUGGUGCAGAGAGACCUGGCCGAGUAACCCCCCCGCCCCGCCCCGCCCCGGGGAAUAGCCCAGCACCAGCCUGACGGCCCGUCCCCUCCUCCCCCCGGCCCAGGGUGACAUGGACCAUCCGGACAGCGGCUGAUUAGUGUGUGAUGUCGGGUCACUGGUUUAUCGCCUGCGUUGGGGUGUCGGUUCUGCGCAGGGAGUCCCCGGGGGGCAGGCGUGUUCGACUGGCUGAGCACGAGAAGAGUGUUUUGUAAGAUACAUUAAAGAGGUGAAACAUCCGA